AUGUGUAGCUUGGGAUCAACAUCACAGUUGUCGUGGAAGUGCCUGGCACUCAAAGAUUUUCCGCGGAAAAAGGUUGUCAACGCAACUGACGUUCGCACCCCAAGGCGGGUCACCAAGCCCCCAAACAUUCAGUGUUAUAAUACGGGCAGUGAGUUGAUUUGUCGCAUUCGAUCGGUCGUGGAUCCUCAUGUGUACACCGUGUACGCGCUGUCCCCAAAAGACUGGGUUGACGACGUGUGGCAGUCGUCAACCAAUCUUCUGGUCAUUAGCGACUCCUCUCCCGCUGGAAAUCAGGCGGAUGAAAUCGCGAAGGUCGGUGAUUAUCUAAUGGAAGGCACCGGGAAGGUUUUGCUUAUCGUAAACAGUGAAGGCUGCCAUUCGCCUGCGCCAGGUUCGCAGACGAUUGCUACUUCGCUGGACGCCCCACAAGAUUUUACUUUACAACGCGACGAUUGGGGUUGGAAGAUUCGUGGAAAUUGCUUGUGUCUUACGAAUGCCCGAGACGACCCCGUGAUGGUCGUGGUCAAGCUUGAACACUUGGAGGUCUUCCCUGAACGACUGGCAUCGGCCUUGGACCUUCUUGGGCUUGAACCAGUGGGAAAUGCUCGUGACCGCGCUCCGUCACCAACUCCACUACUUGCAUACAAAUCAGUCGAUUCCACUGAUGAGAAAUUUGAUGCGAUUAAGAAGGUUUUUGAGCAAGCACAUGAUCGGGAAGUUUGUGUUAUUUCAAAAUCAAACUUGCCGGCCGAUGGUUUUUCUUGGGGCGAUUAUUUCAACAGACUUGAAACUACUCGAAUCGGUCGGUAUCCAGUGUGGGCGGAUGUUCUCACGUCGAGCUACACGAUUUGCCAAGGGAUACUGUCAAAGUUGCCCAAACAGUCGGGACUAAUGUUGGCGUCGUCUGUACAAACCGCGGGUGUGGGGCGUCGGAGCAAUCAGUGGAUAUCGCCGCGUGGCAUGGCCGCCUUUACACUUCACGUCGACUUGCCACUCUCGGACACACCAAGGUGUUGCGAAUUUUCGCGUCUCCUAUGUUGGCUGCAGCACAUUUGUUCCCUUGCGGUUGCAAUGGCUCUGCGUCAACUGAUUGCUGAGUCCGUGGGCAUCGACUGGCGUCAGAGUGGCCAAUCUGGUCGCACAGAACAGGACAUUUUGGCUACGCUUGAACUGCCCUCCCCGGAAAUUCGAGUCAAGUGGCCGAACGAUGUUUACGUCGUUGAUGGAGGAUCUAAUACUUACACCAAGGUGUCAGGAACCCUUACAAGUGCUAGCCUUUCAAAACCAGAUGAAGCCAGGUGCCUCAUCGGUAAUCCUUUAUUGUUUUCAGAGGACUGUAGCUUGUUGAGCAUUGAAACAGGUGAGGAGGUGCCAGUGCAUUUCACUUUCAGAGGCCAACGUGUAAAGGUCUGUGAGGGCCAAUUUCGAACUGAAUGCACCAUCGUUGGAGUUGAUGAUUUCGGGUACCUCCGGGCAAUCAGCAAUGAGGACAAAAACAUAGUUCUUCAUCCCAACGGCAAUUCUCUUGACAUGCUGGCUGGUUGUGUGAUUUCCCGUAAUAGUCAAACAGCUAAAUAA